CGAAGGCACCACAUACUUCUUCUCCCUUGUUUUCGUCAAACUAUGUCGACACUCUCUCUCAAUUCACUGUCACCUCCUCUUUCUUCGUUUUCAAUCGGCUUCGGUCACCAACAUCCUCGUAAUAGUCCCACGGCACUCUUCGACUACUCCUUAAAACCCCUUCGCAAGUUUCGGAACCCACCACACUUAAUCCUAAUCCUCAUCCCAUGUUUUUCUUCGAGGAUCUGUGGGAGUUGCUGUAUUUGGAUCAUUUGGGAUCAAGAACUCGGGAUAUCUCCGGUGAAUUUCUACAGUCAUUCUCACAUUCAAUGAAUACCAAUAACAACUGCACGUCGAGCGGCUUAGAAUUCUGCCGCGACGACUCAGCCGCACUCACCCUCAAACUCAUCGCAAUCGUCUCUAUACUCAUAGCCGGCGUCUCCGGCAUCUCAAUCCCCCUAGUCGGCCGGCAUUGCCGAUUCCUUAAAACCGACGGAAACCUCUUCAUUGCCGCGAAGGCCUUCGCUGCCGGCGUAAUUCUCGCCACCGGCUUCGUCCACAUGCUUGCCGGUGGGACCGAAGCACUGUCGAGUGCCUGCCUGCCGGAAUACCCGUGGUCCAAGUUCCCAUUUCCGGGUUUCUUCGCUAUGAUGGCAUCUCUGGCUACCCUUCUAGUGGAUUUUAUGGGCACACAGUAUUAUGAGAGGAAACAGGGGUUGAAUCCAGGAAGGGAAGAGCAGGGGCGGGUCGGGUCGGUUGAUACAGUAUCGGAUCCUGAUUCGGGUAUUGUACCUGUCGUUGAGGUUAAGACUGGGCCCAAUGGAAAGGUGUUUGGAGAGGAAGAAGGGGGUGGCAUGCACAUUGUAGGGAUGCAUGCACACGCGGCGCACCAUAGACAUAGACAUGCACAAGGGAAGGAUGCUUGUGACGGGCACGUGACUGUUUCGGGUCAUGAGCACGGACGGGGGCACGGGCAUGGGCAUUCACAUGGGUUUGGUGAGGGUGACGUAGAAAGUGGUGCGCGGCAUGUCGUCGUAUCCCAGAUUUUGGAACUGGGAAUAGUAUCACAUUCAAUCAUCAUCGGGUUAUCGCUUGGCGUUUCUCAGAGCCCUUGCACCAUAAGACCCUUAAUUGUAGCACUAUCAUUCCAUCAGUUCUUCGAAGGAUUUGCGCUUGGAGGCUGCAUCGCUCAAGCUCAAUUCAAAAACUCAUCGGCUAUAUUGAUGGCAUGCUUUUUUGCCAUAACGACCCCUACAGGAAUCGCCGCGGGGACUGCCAUUGCUUCAUUUUAUAACCCAUAUAGUCCAGGAGCAUUGGUUACUGAAGGCAUAUUAGAUUCGCUGUCAGCCGGAAUUCUUGUCUACAUGGCUCUGGUCGACCUAAUUGCCACUGAUUUCCUCAGUAAGAGAAUGAGCUGCAACUUUAGGCUCCAAUUGGUGUCGUAUUUUAUGCUCUUUAUUGGAGCUGGAUUGAUGGCAUUGCUUGCAAUCUGGUCUUGAAUUUUAGAUGAUCGAUCGCCUGGUGUUUCGUUUCAUGCAAAACCUCAUCACUUGAUUCUUUUGACUCCUUGAAACAGGAGGAGGAGGUAAAUAGAAGAGAAGUAGAUGUUGUAGUCCUACCGUACGUUCUCAUCUUAAAUUGGUGGUAUAGAUAUAUCUGUAAAGGUAAAAUUGUAUUUUGUUGAGCUAGCUAGAAGCAGUGAAUACCACAAUUUCAGUGGAAAAGAGAUGUCUUUGCAUUUAGUUUAGUUUCUUACAUUCUCAAGCUGCGGAGUGGUGGUUGGUUGGUGCUCUGAACCCAUAGGCUUGAACCAGCUUGUCAUCUUUUGCUUAGCAUAACUAAAGCUUGUUGUAUUCGUUUGUCGAAUUAACAUAUUUAAGUAGACUGGUAUUCGUAGGUUGAAUCAACAGGUCUAAGUAAGUGAUCUUUUCAUCACACUACCCUGCAUCAGUAUAGCUGCUUACUGUUCAGUAUUGUAAUGGUGAGA